AUGUAAUUAGUAAGAUUGACUACUAAAGCACAAACACCUAGAAAUGUACCUUUGAGAUCUCCUGAAAAAACCAAUAACAUAAAUAUUCAAUUCCCAAAUUAUAUAUUCUUAGGUCCCAUUGAUAAUAUAAAAAUAGUCAAAUUCACAAAAAGCAUUUCAUCAUCAUCUAUUAAAGAAAUAAGAUUAAAGUCUCCAUGCAAAGAUUAAAAUAAUAAUCUUGUGAAUAAAACUGACGGAAUAAAGUCAAAACAUCUAAAAACUACUAGUGUUUAAAUAAUAACAUAAAGUCCUGAUCUUUUUGUUAAAUAGCAAUCCCAAAAUAUUAAUACAAAUAGUAACAUAACUGCAUUGUAAACAUUCUCAACCAAACAUAAAUAUCAUGGAUCUGAAUUGACUCAAGAUACAUGUAGUGAAUAGCCAAGUAUUCCUACUCUAACAUUUCCAAUCUUAAAAUAUGUUGAAUUCUCUAGUAAUCUUUUCUAAGGUCAGGGAAUUAAUAAAUCAAAUAAAUUAAAAGCACAGAUUUUAUUUUAGAAUGGUAUGUUCUAUGAAGGUGAAAUUAUCAAACUUUAAGAUAUUCUCUCACUAGAUGGUUUAGGAACUCUCUAUUCAGACAACUCUAAAUUUUAUACUGUCUAUCAGGGAAGAUGGAAAAACAAUUCUUUCCAUGGUAAGGGCAGAUACUUUAACUAAUAUUAGAUCGAAUCUUCAAGUGAUUGGCAUUUCAAUUGGAAGAUGAUCCAAAGUAUAAAUUUAUUCUAAAUUUUAGCAAUAUUCAGUAAAGGCGAGAUUAUUGAAGGCAAAAUUGAUUUCUAUUUAACUGAAGAUGUCAUUGCUCAUUAAAUUGAAUAUUCAAAAUGA